UACUUUCACCAGGAGAAAGAGUUUACGUAAGUACGGCUGCAUGCGAAUAUACCUAACUGGACGGAGCCCAGGCAAGUAAAACAGCCGUGUCUCUGACCUACCUGGUCGUAUUAGGAGAGUAAAUAUACGAACCAGUCCUAACACUAAUAUUCUAUUGCCUUCGUCCGGAAUUGAUUGAGCUGUAGGGCAUAUAACGAGGGCAAAAAUACGAAUGCAUCCUGUUCAAGACAAGGUCACGACUGAAAUUCUGCGGAAUCCCAACCUCUCUUUACUUAAUUCUGGGCUAAAAUAGCACUCUUCUGGAACAGGAGUUGAGUGCCACGGGGCAGAGAUUAGCCCUGUUUAUUUUAUGCUGGUGUGUAUGCAUGCGCUUGCAUAAAUAUUAAUAACUAUUAUUGCACUAUUCAUUAUUUAAUUUUGUCGUCCUUCGUCCCCUUUCAUCGUCACCUCGUCAUCGUCACCACCACCGCCGGGUGGAGAAUUCUAAUUUAACUAAAACUCUGUAUUCCUUACACACACAACAAAGAAGAAAGUCGUGUGAGACGAGAGAAAAGCUACUUUCUUUGCUGGGCACAAGGAACACGGGGAACUUUCACUCCCGGAUUCUCCAGGAGAAUUUCUCUUCGCGACGAGUAAGUGAGUUGAGUUGCGUUUGGUACAAAUUCACAAUGUCCCAAGUUUCCCAUCGCAUUACUCAGUUUGCUCUCAGCGGAACCGGUGUAAUCUUUCUCUCUCUCAAGCAAUCGGAACCUUGACCAGACCACUUUCCCCAACAAUCGGAGGAAGCAGGGAGAAAGUGAUAGAGAUAAAAAUACUUGUUUCCUUAAUUUGUUGUGGAAGGAUUAUAAGACUUUCUUUUAAAAAGUAUUACUUCCUUUUCCUGGUGUGAGACACGGUUUAAAAAUACAUUUUCGUAAGUGCGUUUACAUUUAAUGCGUGGAAUAUUUAAAGUUUAAAGACAAAGUGGAAUACAUUGUGUUAUAUAUUUUGAAUUACAAACAAUUAAAGCCGACACGUAUCUUGUGAAUAAUAUUAAAUCUAAACUUUCCAAAAUUCUCAUUUUCGUCGCAUAACAGCACCAACCGAGACUUCACUUCACCGGUUUUUGGUAACAAACUUGACACACAAACUCGUACAUAUUUGCAUUUUUUCGCAUGCAAUUCUUUCCCCACUGACCAAACUCAAGUGAAUAUUUCCAUCGCACACGCAAUUUUUUCCUACAUACGUACUUUAGAAGACCCCAGUGCGAGAGAGAAAGCAUUUCACGAGGUGUACAAUUUAGCAAUAUAUAUCGUGUUAAAAACGGGUGUUCCCUCCCCACCCCGUUAUUACACGAAGCAGAGAAAACAUAAAUAUAGGAUUAUCUCCAAACCAAAUAAAAAGAACGAAACACGGAUCGAAAUCGAAUCAAAUUAGCUCGAAAAAGAGGAUAAGAAGAAGACGACCAAGAAGAAAAGUUCGUGCCGAAGGUCGUGACUUGAAUUGAAGGCUUUGUUUCUCGGGUGGGAAAAUAAAUGUAAACUUGUUCCGGCAAGGAGCUCAAAAUACGAAUGAAAUUCAUGCCAAAAACAAAACUGGGUGCGAAUUAAUGAAUCGAUACAAGAAGAAAGAAAGUUCGGAUUAUCACGAUACGCGGAAAACAGAGCAAGUUUGUUAGGAGGAGAAAACGUAAGAAAAAAUAUUAAAGUUUUUCCCUCUUCGUACUAUCCCCAUUUACAAUUUGAUUAAGGGAAAAAAGUGUGAAAACUUGGUGGGACCGAGUGUGCCAUGUAGUGCCGCAAUUUGAUGUUAAUUUGCUCCAUGAAAUCUUCCAGACUGACACAAGUUUCUCACUUUGGUCUUCUUCAUCACUUGGCUUCCGCAGUAUCGUGAAGAACAAGUGGGAAAUAAAGGAGUAGAUUUGGUACGACUUACUUUACUUUCUCCCCGGCCUGGUGGUGCAUGUACUUAUUUUGGUGGACGGGACGGGUAGCUGCUGCUCUUCAUACUUGCUCACCCUAUUGUCUCCUUCUCUCAGUAAUGGUGGUGGUAGAGUAGUCGCAUGAUGUGAAUGAGGAGACAAAGGAAUCCAGAAGAUCAAGAAGAGGAAGAAGAAGAGGUUCUAAGAAUAAAAGUUUGUAACGGACCAGGAACAAGCAAACAAGGAAAAGGUGUCAAUUUACCAAGGACUUUACACCGUCUCGUGUGACAUUUGGAACAAGGUGAAAGUGAAGAGAUGAAGUGAAAGUAAUGGUGUCGAAAUAUUUCCUGGUUUGUUGAAAAUUUCUAAAAAAUAAAUAACUGCCAAUAUUUUAAAAACGAUACGUAUACCAAAUUGAUUAAUUAUUUUGUUCGAUAAACAAACAACAUGGAAAUAUUUACUCUGGGAAGGAACCGAAUCGUAUUUAUUUGAUACACAAUUCUGUGAAUGACACGUCUACGACGUAGAUUUUGAAGUGUGAAAAAAACAAGCUAGCCCGAAUUGAGUGCAAAUCAAAGCGAGAAAAGUGAAGUACUUUAAUUCAAGUCCUCUUAAGGGAGAGGAGUGUUUUUAGUCAAAUUUUCAAUAAGAGGAGGACACCAUGUCACAAACCAUACGAUUCUGGAGUAUUCCCUCAACCUGCUUUUUCCGCUGGAUUCUAAGCGUCCCAUACGUCCUUCUUCUCCUCAUCACGAAUCAAGGAAUGCUGCAUCACGUCCAGGGUCGUCAAAUAAGGGAGAGCCAUAACCGUUUUGACCGCACGAAUGGGAAUCAUCACCCAACCUUGCAUCAAGGCCACCACUCUCACGGCCACCAUUCCUCCCACGGGAAUCUCCACUCCAUUCACAAUAUCGCCAAUCCCCACCAGUACACGAGCUACGAGGAGUUCCAGAGGGCCAUGGAAAACCCUUUUGAUACUAAUACUGGAUCAAAUAUUACCGUACCUUUGGGCGACACGGCGUUUCUGAGGUGCAAGGUGCGCAACUUGGGGGAGAGAUCGAUUUCUUGGAUUCGCAGAAGAGAUUGGCACAUAUUAUCCGCAGGCAAGCAAAUUUAUACAUCCGACGAGAGAUUCCAAGUCUUACAUUCGGACGGAUCUGACGAAUGGACGUUACAGGUCAAAUUUGUGCAAAAGCGUGAUAAUGGGACUUACGAAUGUCAGGUAUCGACAGGGACUGGCGUGGCGUCGUACAACGUUCAUCUCGUCGUCGCUGUCCCGGAAGCUUUUAUCCUGGGCAACGGAGAGUACCACGUCGAACAGGGCAGCACCAUCAACCUCGUCUGCAUCAUUGAAAAGAGUCCGAAGCCACCUUCGUUCGUAUUUUGGUACCACAACGAAAGAAUGAUCAACUUUGGAGCUAGUCAAGAAUUGAGCAUUCACACCGAGCCUGGAACGGGCAAGACGCAUUCCAGAUUAAUUAUCAGAGGGGCUCAAUUAAAAGAUUCGGGAAAUUUUACAUGUCAACCGGCGAACGCAGAGUCUGCCUCGAUCCAAGUCUAUGUGUCACAAGCAUCCGGAUUAUUCACUGGAGACCAAACCGCUGCAAUUCAGCAUCACAAUACGGCAAGUUCUGCAGUGCCGAUGAUGGUGCUGCCAUGGCCGGUACUGCAUUUCGUGCCCUUAAUCGUCCCCUUCAUCCAAGAAGUCGACAGGUUCAUUUUGCAGUUUCUUCACUAAAAUACAAUGGUAAGACUGCCCACCACCACACCGCCACCACAAUUCCCACUAAUACUCGACGCAAGUCACGACGGGUAUUGAAAUUCAGGUGGAAAUCUCCCCAAAAAACAAGAAUGUAUCAACUUUUCAUAAAUAGAUGAGGAAAUUUUAGACAAGAUAUUAUCAAUAAUAAAAUAAGAUAGCUAUGUAUUACAUCUUCCUACAUACAUACCUGUGAAUGUAAGUACAUCUUGUUGAGCUGGGCUUGCUUUUCUCGUCGCAUUUUAUGGAAAAGCAACGUACCGCACCAUUUUCAUGGACAAAGUUUUUACUGCAUUGUUCAAAAUACUGAUUCCCAGUGGUGGUUAAUAUAUUUACACAUUUACUUGAAUCAUAAAUGUAAUAAUAAGGGAAUGAAAAAGUGAAAGUUGUAAUUUUUCUGGUUGGAAAAGUGUUACCUGGCUGACCAUGCAUUUGUAAUAUUGCACAAUCGUACAUACAUAAAUCCAUAUAUUUAGUAAUUCUACCCAUUUAUGCAUGUCUCAUGUACAAAUAAGUAUGUAUUUAAAUACGAUAAUUAACUUUCUAAAUUAAAUAAGUAUAUACACUUCGACACCAUCAUUUAAGUCUUAAUUAAUUAUUAACCAUCAUUAAAAAUAAGUAAGUUAUUUAACAUAAAAUAAUUCACUUUAAUAAAUACUUAAUACCGAUAGGUUUUACUCUAAUCAAAUCCACUCAAGACUUCCUGAAUUAUUCUUGUAAAACGUAUGCAAAAAUGUGAAUGUGUGCCCAAUCUAUUUCCAACAAUUUACCUAUUUCAACCUGAAUAUUUAUCUCAAUGUUUGCAUGUCAUCUCAUAUGAAACUAAACAUAGAAAUUAUUCGUAAAAAAUAUUUAGUAAUAAAAAUUCUACUUGUAAAACGUCGUGCUAAAUAUUUGCUAUAUCAUGCUUCACACGGCAGGAUAACAAAUUAUGUGUAAACGUAAUAACUUGUAAAAAGUAUUUACAUAAUUUAGAUAAAGAUGUAGCUCUGUGAAAAAAAAUCUUCAUAAGGUAGAAAGUUAAGUUAUACACAGUUAGUUAAAUCCUAAAUAAUUAAAAGUAUAAUUAAUUAAUUAAAUAUGCAUAGUGUAUACCGUAAAAAAUUUGAAUUCUUAUGUAAAAGUAACGUUAUAAUUACUUAUUAUCGUAAUUAUCAUCCUUAUUUUAUUAUUGCGACCAUGUAACGCAGAGCAAAAUCUAAAUCCAACAACUGUCUAUUCUUCUUCCGGAAAGUUAUGAAUUGAUUGAUGAAAAAAUUUUUAAUAAAAAUAAAUGUGAAAGUUUUCCUAAA